CCAAGCAGAAAAUUGUGGCAUAUGUACGUAUUGUAAGGACAGACAAAAGUUUGGAGGCAGUGGAAAACUGAAACAGUGCUGUAUCAAAAAACGAUGCAGAAAAAUGCUUUACCUUAGAAAGAAAAAUAGCCACGGAUUGGGAUCAACGCUGAUUCCUCCUACACAGGAAAUACCAGUGAUACAACACGGAUUUGUCUUUCUUCGGGACAUAUGUGAUGAAAAACUGUUAACAAUGUUUAGGAAAAAGACGAUCAAAAUGGAAACUGACGAUACAGACGCAGCAUCAAAUAUAGCGCCAAACGACAUCAUGGCAUCACAAAAUUCAGGACAGACACAGAGGAAGCGGAAAUUCGAUCACCACUGCUUAGAUCUCAAUGAAUACCUGCCUCCUGCCAAAUUUAGGAGGAAAAAAUGUUUGGAAAACAGUGAUCCUUUAGAGGGUGUUGAUAUUAACAAAUUAGUUACCUAUUUAGAAAAACGAAAUGAGAAAGACAGAAAGUUCUUACAAGCUGCCAGAUGCAAGAGUUUAAGAAAUGACCCAGAAAGAGUGUGUAUGCCAACCCUGAACUCAGAAACGGAGGAAGAGAUACUACAUCCAUAUGGCCAUUUGAAAUCUUUACCCUCUUCAAUAAAUAGACCAGCAGCUUUCAGUUCUUUCAAGUGUACACAGUGUAUGCCAACACUGAUGUCAGAAACUGAGGAAGAGAAACUUCAUCCAUUUGGUCAUCUGAAGUCUUUGCCCUUUUCCACAGACACCCCAGCAGCUUUCAGUUCUUUCAAGAGUACACCCCUUCAAAAUCCUCCAUAUUUGACAAAACAGGAUAACACAUCCAAUAAUGACACAAUGGAUACAUAUAGGGGCGUCUCAGAUCCGCCUACGAUAGACUUGUAUGUGAAGGAAAAAAUCAAAGUGAGUUUUUCCGGUCGUUGUUGUAAGCCCAAUGAUGCUUUUUUUAAUGAAUUUUAUACAGACCUGGACAAGGUCCUGAGAAAUUUGAAUAAUAAACCAAAAUAUAAGAAAGGACUGCAUGAGAAAAGGGCCAAACAAUGUAAUACUGGAACAGAAAAAGAUUCAACAACAGUAACACAGAAAAGAGCAGUCACGAAUGUAUCGGAGAUGAGACCUUUCAUGAAAUCUAUUGAUCAAAUUGGAAUAGAGCAGGCUGGGAUAGAGAGUCCGUUGACUACGUGGAAUAGAAUAGAGGUUUUAAAUAGCAAUGAAGAAGUAGAUAUUGAAGGCAUUGAAGACAACGUGCAUCAGAAGGAAAUAAUAGAACAAAGGAGAGAACAGGGUGAGGAGGAGAAAUAUUUCCAGCUAGAUAUAGGAGAUAAACUUGUGUACAUUCCUACCGAUGCAUCUACUGAAAUUCCAAAAGCGUAUGUGAUGGAUAAACAUAAAGCACCAGAGAUCCAUUUGAACACUGGACUAGGGAAAAGUCUAGUCUUUGAACAAAAGUCUUCUGUUGAUCCUACUGGAAUUGCAGAAAGAACUGUAGCGCCAGAGAUCCAUUUUAAUACUGGAACAGGGAAAAGUUUAGUCUCUGAAGCACAGUCUUCUGUUCAUCCUGCUGGAAUUACAGAAGAUACUGUUGUUAAAUCAGAGAUUAUGGACGAUUCGGCCGAUGACUCAGUGCCUAAAAUUACAAGCGUAUUCAGUUUGUCUGCAGACAGAGUUUCUACAGAAAACGACAAUGUUGAAGCAGAAAUACAAACUAAUGUGACAGGGCAAGAUAGAAACACGGAAAUAGAUUCUUUUUUUCAAGCGCCCAUUGAAACCCACAAUGCUUCAGGAAAGCUUAGCCCGUCACCAACAACAGAAAAGAAGGAAAUAGAAAAUUCCCAAGUCUCUUUGACGACUGCGACGGAUUCGAAAUUAUUAAAAAACCCGACAAAUCAUUCAAGUGGAAAGUGUCCUAUUUCACCUGGUUCUUCUGUUUGUCAGCUCACAUCUUCAAGUGCAACCAAGCUAAGAGAAUUAAAGAAGAAUUCUUCGAACAUUGGAAAGCUUGAGCGGCUAGUAAAAUCUACCGGUAAAGCAUUAAAUCAGUCCAACGUAUUUACUCUAUCAGCUUCCAACAUUUCAGGCAAGAUUGCUUCAGAUGUUAAACAGAGCAUCAAUUCCUCCUCUGCACAGAAACUGUUGAUCAUUCCAAAAUUAAAUGGUCCGCAUUCUGAAGGCAGAAGCACAUUAUUUAUCACUUCAACACAAAAUAAUAAACUACAAAACCUUUUGCCAAACUCAAAAUUACGCUUUAUUGUUGAUAAACCACAGACACCAGUGCCAACUACAAACUCGUGUAAGAGAAACCCUGGUGUUAAGACCACUGGCUUGGCGGUUGUUCCAAAGGAUCCCUCGAGGCCAAUUCUCCUAUUCCCGAACAAAACAAAUGCUUCUUUUAAACCUAUUGUAUCAGGUCAAAAAACUGUCAAUGUAAACAAUUCUCUUCAUUCAAAAACUGUUCCCUCCUUUUUCAAGACUGCAAAUCGAGGGAACCAAAGCACUGCGAGUUCUCACUCAGGCCUAGUAACAACUGCUUCUAAUAAUGGACUUAUGGUUCAAUCUGGGGUUUUAUCAGCUGUAAAUGAUCCAAUUGGAUCGUCUGAGCGGAGUAUGCUGAGCGGCAGUGCCCCUAUCAAUACAAAACCAAAUGGUAAUGAUAUUCAAUCACAAUGCACAGCUGAAUAUAGUCAUCCAAAUACAAUGAAGAAAAUUAAUUCUUCUGGCCAAGAAUGGGUAACAGUUAAGUCAAAGCCAGGUGACAAACACAAGUUUGAAGCUGCCAUUUUCACAGUCGUAGUUAAGGAGAAAAACAUUUCUAAAAUAAGCAAUCUGGCUAAAACAAUACCAGCUUUUGAGAGAACUAUUUCACAAACCAGGGACAGGGAUAAAGAACAGACCCCUGAACACAGUAUUUCUCAUGUGCACACUGAAAAAUUAGACACAAAGGAGCGAAUCAGGCAACUAAGAGAAAAGAUGCGCAAUCAUCAGGAGGAAUGUGAAAGUUUAAAAAAGACUUUAUCGAGCGAUAGUGAGUCAUAAGGAAUAAGGCAUUUGUGUUUCUUUAAAACUGAUUCUUUAACCACGUGAAGCUAAAAGUGUGUAAUAUUCAAGAGAAUAAUAAUAUACAAACAUAAUAAUAUUCUUAAUAUUAAAUUCGAAACCUAAAUGGACCUUGUGUUUAGGACAUAUUUACACUUUUAGACUUUCUCUUAUACAGAUAUCUUUAUUAUAAAGGAAAACAAGUGGAUGUUGUGAAUUGCUAACAGACAAAUAAAAGUCAAAAAGAGCCCACUUGAUUAUCUAGCAUCUUGUUAAACAACAAAUAUUAAUUUACAGACAUUUAAGUGAAGUUUGAAAUAAAUUAGCUGCAGAUAACUCAAACCCUAGAAUGUUUUGUGCAUUACAACAUUUACAUUGUAGAAGAUAGUAAUUUGU